AUGCCGCGUAAUCACACCCAGGCCUCAAUGUGGAGGCAAUCACAAGAGCAACGAAUUCUUGAUACUGUUAAGCAAUCAAUAGAAAAGAGAAAGACCGCAGAUCCGCAGGCUUCUACCUACACGUUUCAGCGCUUCAAAAUGUCUGACCUUGGUCCUUCCGCACUCAGUCCCAAUCCCUGUCGCUUACUAAUGUCAAAGUUCACCUCUUUGGGGUCUGCAGUCAGUCCUCAUGAGAUGACUGGCCGGCGUCUAAAAUCCACCUUAAUUGAGCGGUUCAAGUCCAGGUCUCCAAACCUUUACAGCUUCAAGAAGCAGCAACGCCAAAUACCCCAAUCUUUGACACUAACUCCGUCCGCUCAUAAAUCUGAAAUAGAUUUAAACUCCACACUAAAGAACAUAACGUUUUCCGACUUAGACCUAGCUUCUGAUUUAGUUUCGCAGAAACAGACAAGUAGCGAGACAAUUGAGGAACUUCCAAAUAUAAGACCCGCCUUUACACAGGAUCAACUUAAGCGCUUCAAACUCACAUCUGAUGCUGCCUACACGGCCAUGGCAUGCAGUACUAUAAAGAGUAACGUGGCCAGAGACCUAACGGAUCUCUCUAUUUUGGACAGCACACCUACCCUUGCAAGUGCUACUAGAGAGCGCCUACUGAUGCACAUGUCCAGAGAAGACAUUGAGCAAGAAGCCUUACGGAGUAGAUUCCUUGAAGAUGCAGGACUUAAAAAAGAAAAGAAGUAUCCUCCCUAUGUGAGACUAGCAGAUAAAAGACACUCCGACAAUAUAAGCGCAUCAGGAGAACGAAUGAGAGUUCGCCGGAUCAUAACUGCUGAUUCUGCCUUAGCCCAGAAACAUCAGACAGAGCGCGAGAAGCUACUGCUAAGCAGUAGCUGCAUUGUGCGAACUGUCAAUCCAGCUCCAUCAGAAAAUCAUGUGGAAAGCAAACCACGCACUAGAACAGGCACGGUACCACCUUGUCCUAAAGGACAAGCAGCUAUUAGUACACCUCCCACUCAAGCACCUGCUGUGGCGCAGACGGUCUUGUCUGACUACAUAAGUAAGCAAUCUCAAACAGAACUGAUUGCAACAUAUCAGCAAGCGAGUAUCAAGUUAAGGGAAGAAUUACAUGAAAAGAAGCGCAGGUGCAAUGAUCUACAAAACAGCUUACGAUACUUACAGAUUCUCGCCUCUAUAAAGCUCCAGCCAGAUAGGGUUCCUCCGGGAUUCUACUGUUACCUCAACCUUCCGUGCUGCCAUUACUCUAUUUAUUCAGAGCUUCACUUUUCCAUUGGAGACCUUUGUGUUAAGUGUCGGCAGCGGAUAGAAAACUGUAUCAUGAUCAAGGCCGACAUAGCACAGUAA